AUGGCGCCGCCGCCCACCCCGCCUGCGCGUCCGGCGCCGGUGCCUCAGGCCACGGCCGCGGCCGCGACGCCACUCAGGACGCCCGCGUCCAAGCACCGCCUCCACUUCCCCGCCGCCACCCCGAGGAACGCCAACAACGGCGGCGGCGGCGCCACGGAGCACCCGGUCGAGGUGAUCGGCCGCAUCCGGAACCUCGCCUCGGGUGCUACGUCCGCGCUGGAGAUCGCGGGCGGCGGGACGGCCGUGCGCGUGCGCGGCGACGCGGGCGUGUGCCGCGACUUCACCCUCGACGGCGCCUCCGUGUCCGAGGAGGAGAACCUCGAGGGCUUCUACCGCCGCUUCGUGCGCUCCAGGAUCCAGGGCGUCCGGGUCGGGGCCAAGUGCACCGUCAUGGUCUACGGGCCCACGGGGUCCGGGAAGAGCCACACCAUGUUCGGCUGCGCCAACAAUCCCGGGAUCGUGUACCGCGCGCUCAGGGACAUCCUGGAGGGAGGCGGAGGCGGCGAAGGCGAUUCCGCCGAGGAUGACGCCGGGUUUGACGCCGGCCUCUUCGUGCAGGUCGCGGUGCUGGAGAUCUACAACGAGGAGAUCUACGAUUUGCUCGCGGGAAGCGGGGCCACUGCUAAAGGAAAUGCCCCCAAGGCGAGACUGGAAGUAAUGGGGAAAAAAGCAAAGAACGCAACUUAUAUAUCUGGAAAUGAAGCUGGGAAGAUAUCAAGAGAAGUUUCUAAGGUGGAAAAGCGAAGAACUGUGAAGAGCACACUUUGCAAUGAGAGAAGUUCGCGAAGCCAUUGCAUGAUUAUCCUGGAUGUCCCAUCUGUGGGAGGAAGGUUAAUGCUUGUGGACAUGGCUGGUUCUGAAAACAUAGAAGCAGCAGGACAAACAGGAUUUGAAGCCAAAAUGCAGACAGCAAAAAUUAACCAAGGGAACACUGCUUUGAAGCGAGUAGUUGAAUCCAUUGCUAAUGGUGAUUCCCAUGUUCCAUUUAGGGACAGCAAGCUCACAAUGCUACUACAGGAUUCAUUUGAAGAUGACAAAUCAAAAAUCCUGAUGAUUCUGUGUGCUAGUCCUGACCCAAAAGAACUGCACAAGACAGUUUCUACUUUGGAAUAUGGUGCUAAGGCAAAGUGUAUUAUCCGUGCUGCUCAUGCCGCAACACCUAGGGACAAAAUGAGCUCUGAGGAGUCAUCUGCGAUGCUCAAUUCCAGAAUUGUUGCGAUGAACCAGUUCAUCCACAAGCUUCAAAAGGAGAACAAAUUGAGGGAGAAAGAGCGCAAUGAGGCCCAGAAUGGGCUAAGGCUGAAGGAAGAGGAGCUAGCACAACUGAGAACAAAGCUCAAUCUGAUAGAAGGGCAAGAAAUGGAGAAAACCUGGUCAUUGAGGAGUGAACUCAUGAAGAUGGAAGAAGCGAUGCUUAAGCAGCAGCAAGAGCUUACUGCACUAAGACAGCGACUGCAGGAGGUUGAGCGUGAAAAGGCUGAUGGUUCUCAGCUAGUGCAGCAGGAUAUCUUUGGAGGUAGAUUGCUGGCACGGCUAUCAGAGAUGCCUGCAGGCCUUGAUCAAUCAAUGGCAAUGUCCAUGUCUAUGGACUUGGAUACGGGAGACCAGUCAGCCAUGCAAGAUGUCAAGGUAAUAAAGGAGGAUACUCGCCAGCAGGGCCACAUAUGGAAUCAAACAGCCACAGCAGCAAGUGCUUGCACAGGGUCUGUGGUGCAAGAAGAUGAUGUCAGGCUGUCCGGGUAUCCUGAAAAAACUGUCCUCACCACUGUGUUUGAGGAGGGAGAUGAAGAGGAUGCAGAGAAGGAAUGUGGUCUUCAAGGGGGGGUACGCAAGGAGGUUGUAGAGGAGAACUUUAAGGUGGACAUAACACAACAUACACUUUCUGAGCAAGAUGAUCCUGCAACAAGGAAGCAUCGGAUUGAGAACAUAUUCAGGCUCUGUGGCAAUCAUCGUGAAAUAACUAAGAAACCAAAGGUCCAGUCACCAGCAAAGGAAAUGUUCUGGAAUGAGAACAAGUCUCCAGCGAAGCAAGUGUUUGGGGAUCAGAACAAAUCACCGGCAAACCAAACUUUUGGAGAUGAAAACAAGGAGCCGUCGGCAUGGGGAGCUAUAGAGAACCCCAUGUGCGACGUCAGAGUGACUGACAGCCCAGUGUCUUCUCAACUUUCUCCAAUCGUAUGCCAAGUUGUGGAUGCACCAUUAUCGGAUCAACUGAAUACAUGCAGUGCAAUGGAAGAGAGUGAUCCCAACAAGGAGGACAGCCUUGCUGGACAGAAGGAUGGUGGCCUCUUGGAAGUUUACAUAAAAUGGGAGUCUGGCAGCCUGAUCAAAGGGCUGAAGCUACUGCGCAACUCAUGCCUUUCAGAUCUGAGGAAGCUAAUAGAGGCUCACUUUCAAGAAGUAGGCAGCAAACAGCAGCAGCAUCAGUUCACCUUCCUUCUCCUCGGGGAUCCGUCCGGUGCUCCGGUGUCCAGGGACAAGGAAGCUUCGGUGCAGAUAAGCAGGCUGCCUCACUGGAACAACCAGCCGGACAGCUACCUCGCGUGCCUGCGCGCAGCCAAGAAGCCGGCUGCAGACCACAUGCCCUUCAGCCCGCUGGACAGCAAGCUGAACACGGUUGUGAAGGACGUGCACCUCGCCGCAGAUGCCACCACCUAUCGAUUCUUGUGUGAGCUACAUUUCCUUUUCCUCUCUGGCCGCGAGAAAAAAGACUUUGGUCGUUGGAGAGCUGGAGGCGUGGGGCUCUGGGUGCGAAGAGCAGUGCCCCAGUUCAGGAAAACAUACAUGGUCGAGAACAAGGCCGGGAGCUCGGCGGAAGAAGCCAAGAAACUGGAGGAGCUCGACACCAACCUGGAGAAGCAUUACAUAGCAGUAGCAGGCCUCCGCAUGAGAGAUGGCAGGACAAUCGGCCUUGGCGGCCUCUAG